UUCAGUAUCGCUGUAGUAUCAGUCUGUCAACACACGGCAGCCUCAGCUCUGCCCGUCUGCCGCGACAACAUUUUUCUAUCAAACUUAGCUCGGUUUCCUCUUCAACGACGUUUUCCUUCAGAUAACAGCGACUCUCCCCUCACUAUGACUCGAAGGUGAUCUUCAGAGUGUCCGGGUGGUUCUGGGGUUCCAGGUUGGUGUGGUGAGAGCAAGCUAACUGUGGGGAGGAGGACCGCCUGGGGCAUCGUGUCCCUGGCUCUCAAGUAACUAAGGAAGGGGCUUGGCAAACUGUUCCGCAGCAUGGAGAAGGAAGACCUGAAGGUCCUCAACAAGGGGGAGGAGGAGGAGAUGGAGCUGCAGGGCUACCGUCUGUGUCGUUGGCGACUGGCCCUGGUGGGCCUCGGGGUACUAUGUACAGGGGGCUUCCUCCUCCUGCUGCUCUAUUGGAUGCCAGAAUGGUGCGUCAAGUCCACCUGCACCCGUACCACAGCCCGUGAUGCUGAAGUGGUGUUGCUGCGCUCUACGGAUGAGUUCCGGCGCUGGUUCCUGGCCAGAGUGCGAGUGAUGCUGGCCCCGGGGAGCAACCCCUUCCACAGCCUGGAGACCCAGACCACCUCCCCCUCCUCCCCUUCCUCUCCCUCCUGCCCCUUCUCCUCCCCUGCCUCCCCCCCUCUGGCCAACGGACACACCCCUCACCCCUCCGAUGGCAGCCCCGCUCAGGAGCUCAUCAGUAGAUUUGCCGACUACCAGCCCACACAGAUUCGCUAUUUUACUUUCCAUAGCACAAAGUAUUAUUGGAACGAUGAGGUGCAGAACUUUGAGGUUUUAACCGGCCUGGAGGAUCUGCAGGUCAGCUGCUCCACUCUCCACUCGGAGCACAGCACAGGCCUGACCAGGAAUCAGCAGGAGUACAGGAGACUGUUCUUCGGAGUGAAUGAAAUUGCAGUGAAAGUGCCUUCUGUUUUCAAGCUGCUUAUCAAAGAGGUCCUCAACCCUUUCUACAUCUUCCAGCUCUUCAGUGUGAUCCUGUGGAGUGCCGAUGAGUAUUACUACUAUGCUGUUGCCAUUGUUUUCAUGUCGGUCAUAUCCAUAGCUACCUCUCUGUACACCAUCAAAAAGCAAUACGUCAUGCUUCACGACAUGGUGGCAGCUCACAGUAUUGUCCGCGUGUCUGUAUGCCGAGCCAAUAAUGAUAUUGAAGAGAUUUUGUCUACUGACCUGGUGCCCGGCGAUGUGAUAGUCAUCCCCAGCAAUGGGACCAUCAUGCCAUGUGACGCUGUGCUGGUCAGCGGCACAUGCAUAGUCAAUGAAAGCAUGCUCACAGGUGAGAGCGUUCCUGUGACAAAGACCAACCUCCCAAACCCAGGCCCAGGGGAGAGGGGGGAGGAGGCUUAUAGUGCCUACAACACAGAGGAGCACAAGAGACAUACACUCUUCUGUGGCACCAAUGUGAUCCAAACCCGCUUCUACACAGGCGAACUGGUCAAGGCUGUAGUUGUCCGCACAGGUUUCAGCACAGCCAAAGGCCAGCUGGUGCGCUCCAUCCUUUAUCCCAAACCCACCGACUUCAAGCUGUACCGUGAUGCCUACCUCUUCCUGUUGUGUUUGGUGGCUGUGGCUGGAAUCGGCUUCGUAUACUCUAUUGUCCUCAGUAUCAUGAACAAGGUGCCAGCUAAAACCAUCAUCAUCGAGUCCCUGGACAUCAUCACCAUCACUGUGCCACCAGCACUGCCAGCCGCCAUGACAGCUGGCAUUGUGUAUGCGCAGCGACGCCUAAAACGCAUCGGCAUUUUCUGCAUCAGCCCACAGAGGAUCAAUAUCUGCGGGCAGAUCAAUCUGGUUUGCUUCGACAAAACUGGAACUCUGACUGAAGAUGGAUUAGAUCUGUGGGGAGUCCAGAGAGUUGAGAAUGGCAGUUUCCACCUGUCAGAGGAAAAUGCCUACAAGGAGAAUCUUGUCAAGUCCCAGUUUGUGGCUUGCAUGGCCACCUGCCACUCUCUUACCAAAAUAGAAGGCCAGCUGUCUGGAGACCCGCUAGACCUCAAAAUGUUUGAGGCUACAGGCUGGAUCCUGGAGGAGGCCACGGAGGAGGAAACAUCUCUACACAAUCGUAUCAUGCCUACUGUAGUUCGACCACCAAAGCAGUUGUUGCCCCCAGAGCCUGCUGUAUCACCAGAACAGGACAUGGAACUCUAUGAGCUCUCGUCAGCGUAUGAGAUAGGUAUUGUGCGCCAGUUUCCUUUCUCCUCUGCGCUUCAGAGGAUGAGUGUGGUAGCUCGCUUACUGGGGGAGAAACGUAUGGAUGCCUACAUGAAGGGGGCUCCAGAGGUGGUGGCUGGUCUCUGCAAGAAAGAGACAGUGCCAGAAAACUUUGCAGAGGUUUUGGAGGGCUACACGAAGCAGGGCUUUAGAGUCAUUGCUCUGGCUCAUCGCCGACUUGAAUCCAAACUCACCUGGCACAAGGUCCAGAAUAUCAACAGGGAUCACAUCGAGGCAAACAUGGAGUUCCUUGGUCUUAUCAUCAUGCAGAACAAGCUGAAGCCAGAAACCCCGGGAGUGCUGCAGGAUCUUCAUCGGGCCAACAUCCGUACUGUCAUGGUUACUGGUGACAACAUGCUGACCGCUAUCUCUGUGGCCCGGGACUGUGGAAUGAUCCCUCCCCAGGACACAGUCAUAAUCGCUGAUGCCAUCCCUCCCCAUGAUGGACAAGCAGCCAAGAUCACCUGGAGAUAUGCUGACAAACCUACCAAGACAUCUCGCCUUGAGGAGGUGAACAUAAGCCUGGAGGAUGUAUGUCACGUAGAUGAGCCCAAAACACAAGAACUGUACCACUUCGCCAUGAACGGAAAAUCAUUUGCUGUAAUCGCCGAGCAUUUCCCUGACAUGCUUCAGAAGUUAGUGUUGCAUGGGACAGUGUUUGCCAGAAUGGCUCCCGACCAGAAAACCCAGCUCAUUGAGGCACUGCAAGGAGUAGACUAUUUUGUGGGAAUGUGCGGAGAUGGAGCCAAUGACUGUGGGGCUCUGAAGAGGGCUCAUGGUGGGAUCUCUCUGUCAGAGCUCGAAGCCUCAGUAGCCUCUCCUUUCACCUCAAGAACCCCCAAUAUCUCCUGUGUUCCUAGUCUCAUCAGGGAGGGACGUGCUGCUCUUAUCACCUCCUUCUGUGUGUUCAAGUUCAUGGCCCUCUACAGCAUCAUCCAGUACAUCAGCGUCACCCUCCUCUACUCUAUCCUAAGUAACCUUGGAGACUUCCAGUUCCUCUUCAUCGACAUUGCUAUCAUCCUUCUUAUUGUCUUCACCAUGAGUCUGAAUCCAGCCUGGAAAGAACUGGUGUCGCGACGCCCUCCGUCAGGUCUGAUCUCAGGGCCUCUUCUGUUCUCUGUGCUGACCCAGAUCCUCAUCUGCUUGGGCUUCCAGACCAUUACAUUCCUUUGGGUCCGACAGCAGCCCUGGUACACAGUCUGGAUGCCACUUACAGAUGUCUGCAACCUCACAUCACACAUUAAUGUGUCCGACCACAACGACACAGAGAUAGAUGACCACAACAUUCAAAACUUUGAAAACACCAGCCUCUUCUACGUCUCCUGCUUCCAGUACCUCAUUGUUGCCAUCGUUUUCUCCAAAGGCAAACCAUUCAGGCAGCCGAGCUACAAAAACUGGCCUUUUGUGGUGUCGGCCGUGAGUUUGUAUAUUUUCCUGCUGUUCAUCAUGUUCCACCCUAUCGAAAGCAUUGACGAGUUUCUAGAGAUUGUUUGUGUCCCAUUUGAUUGGAGGUUAAAACUUUUCUUCAUCAUCCUGGUCAAUGCGGCCGUGUCUGUUUUGGUUGAGACCUUCAUCCUUGACAUCGUCUUAUGGAAGCUUGUGUUCAGCCGAGACAAACAAGGCAACUUUGGCGUCACCCCUGCUGCCCCGACACCACAGGGAGUCAUUGACUUGCGAGGGUACAAGUGUCUGUCUCGGCUCUGCUGUCCACGCAAGAUGAUGCCAAAGGCUCGCUACAUGCAUCUGGCCCAGGAGCUCAGCGUGGAUCCCGACUGGCCUCCAAAGCCAACGACCACCACUGAGGCCAAGCCACGCCCAGAAAAUGGCUCUACCUAUCAGAUCAUGAUCAACUCCUAGCAUCCCCACAGCCUACAACUAUCCAGUCUCCACCUUUCAUAAUGGAGACAUGCAUACAAGGUGUGUUUAGUAAAUACCUAUUCAACCUAUUUAAAUGAAAGUGUCACCGGAUUGCUUGUCUUCACUGUUCUUACAUCUUGUCCUGCAAUAUUGCAGCUUUACUGCAAAAACCAUUAGAUUACACACAAGUACCAAAAAAAUUAAGGUUUAGUUAUUUCAGUACUCUUCUCUGUCUGGCUCACCCCAUCACACGCUCUCAGGUUUCAUUUGCAUGUCAUGAAAUGUCAUUUAAACAUAAUUGCCAUCAUGUUCAAAUCCCAUUCUCAACUGCAAUGUCUGGUCACCAAAGCUGAGCAGCAUUUGGCUUGGGCUGGGAGGAAGGCUGAUUUGCCAGGUCAGAUUUGUGCAUUGAACCUUUCAGAUCGACUGUCAAUACAGGUUUAACAUCCCCUCACUAGAGAGCAAGAGAGAGAAAGUCCCACUACACUUCAAAGCCAUAUCCAUAUAGUUAUUCUGCCGGAUGGAAGUUGUUGUUGUUGAAUGCUGGAAGUAAUUACUUUUUUAAUUAACAAGGUCUUUAGAUUUCAUUAGCUUUUUUCCUCAUAAUUUGGUCACUGCUUUUAUAAACAGUUAGGACCUGGAGUAUAAAAUAACAAGUAAAUGACUCUAAGAGAACAGUGAGGAAGACAAAUGUACUGGUGCAGGCUGGGACUUGUGGCAAGGCGUCCAUUGUGUCUAUGUUUAACUGUAGGGGUUUUUAACAAAGAUAGGAUUAGAUAUAAAUAAAAAAGAGAAUUACAAAAACAAAAAGACAGAUGUCAUCUCAGCUUUUUAGCCAUAUUUGUGUCUGGGAUCCUUUGAUCUGUUGACCCAGAGUAUGAAAUGUGGGACAGACAUUCAUGGUCCCCAGAGGAUCGAGUCAAAUGAGUUUUAGUGCUGAUAAUAUUAAAUAGUAACGGCACUAAAAACCCUAAAUUCAUGACUGAGUUCCUAUCAACCUUUACAGUACUUUUACAUUAAUGCUAAUAUGUCAUGCUAACAAUUACUCUGUCUUUGUAAGUGUUAGCAUCAUAUGCUAAUACCAACAUGACCUCUCAGUCCAUCCUGCUUUGCCUCACUAAUAGUAAAAGUAAUUUACCAGCAAACUUGUCUCUACUUUCCAUCUGUCAGAAUAUAUUUUCUAGUACGUAGUGCGCUUUGUACACUCAUCACAAACUUGCUACAAACUCUUAACCUUGUGUUUGCAUUUAUGAACCAUGUCUAGUCAGCAGAAAACACACGAAGACUUGCAUGAAGCCAGCUCCCUGUCGUCAUGAUCUGAACACUUGAUGGUUGCAAUAGUAGAACUAUUACUACGAAUAUACAACAUUACUGUAGAAAUAAGCAGCAUUUACAUUACCAUCACUGUACUACAAGAAAAAUCUGCACCAGAAACUGCAUGCGUCUGGCCAGUUAUCUUGGACAAUUAACCACAUGCAUGAGACCAUAUGAAUCAAAGCAUCCUACAUCUUCAAACUCCUUAGAGAUUAGCUGCAGAAAGUCAGAAGUACGACUUCAAUUUCCUUUUUUAAAGAAGAUUUCUUCCUGUGGAAGAUUGAUUAUAAGUGUGACACAGAGUAAAUUAAGGCAAGAAAUUGUGCAUCUCAUCUGCCUGCUACUUUGGCUAUUUCAAAGCAUCCAUGUAACAGCACACCCUGCAUAAACUGAAUGCAGAUACGCAGCUGUAUUCAUGUACACAUAGACUACCUGCAUAGAGUGUUAAGGGCUAUAUCUUAUGUUCACUGCUCUUCCUUUGACUUUCUAAAGUGAUGCUCCCUGAAAUCUGUUCUUUGACACUCACUCAUUAGACUCGCUAGACUUUGAAGGUAGCUCUAAAGUUUGUAGUUUCCUCCUUAAUGAAACCUGAUGGCGGAAAUUCAGUCUGUUGAAACAGAUUCCAAUAAUGACAUACUGAGCAAACGGAGCAGAGCUUUAGAGAAGCAGUUUACACUCCUGAAUAGAAGUUUGAAGACUUCUUAUUUGCAUUUUCAGCCAUGAAAAUGGAGAAACUUCUAACUUUUUACAGCCACAUUCAAGUGCUCUGUGGUAGUGAUUAAAAGGGGAGAUUUAUGGUGGUAAAGUGUCACUUUAAAACUAAGAUUGCAUCUCACAUGCAACAGAUUACCAGUGUCAGUAUAACUGUAUACUUUGCAUAGCAGUCUACCUUUCAUGAAUUGUAUAGCUUCAGUAUUUUCAGAGUCCUUAUUAGUAGUUAUGUGACGCCAUGUCAAAAGAAUGUCAAACUAAAUGUAAUUUUGCUGUCCUUCAAAAACUAAGUAAAUUAUGUCUCAUACAUCUGGUAACAGCGCUGUAUUUUCUGACAUUUUGUCAUGUAUGUCACAACACAUCACAUUUAUCUUGUCCGUUAAUUAUUCAUAAUAUUGAAACAAAAUCACAGCAAAUUUCAUGUAAUACCAAUAUCAUAUUAGUAAUGACAAGAUUUUAAAGUUGCUCAGUUGCUAAAAUACAUUGUCUAGUAAGAUAUAUGUAAUAACAUUUAAUAUUCAUAGGACAUUUGAGCUUUACACUGUUCAGGAUGAGUUAAAAUGUAACAUGUAACUAUAGUUUCCAUGGAUGCAUUGUUCUUUAUUAUUUUGUGGGUAAAUUGUCAGCGUGAAAAGGGGGAUGUAUAGUUAUGAUGCAGAUGUGGUGAUGAUGUGUACAGAUGAGAAUUGCAAAAUGUGGUUCGCAGAACAAUUCUCAUCCAGUAUGUCAUCAGAACUUAUGUCUGUUGGAUUGUGUUGCUGAUGUACCCAAACACUGGUCCCAUAAAUCACACCAGUUUCUCAGCUUUUGAAUUAUUCAGUGUUUUUUUUUUUCUCAAGAUACCUACUGAGGCUAAGAUUGAAUGUUGUGUAAAGAGCAAAAUUUAAUGCAAUGCAAUACUAGUUAUUGAUUUUAUUUCCAAAGACUUUUCAUUGCAAUUGUGCUGGUUGUAGAGAGAAUUAAAAGAGAAAAGUUUAAUUUUAGCCUGUAGUCAAUGCUGUCAAUUGAUUUGACACAGCAGAAGUGGACUUUAAGGGGUGAUAAUAAUAUUAGAGGUUGGAUUUUAUCUGUAUAUAUGAGAUGUACAUUUCUAGCGUGAGCAUAAAAGUCAAAAUAUUUAGUUAUAAAAUGUAUGUUUUUUUGAAUUAUCAAAGGGCUGGUGUGUCUUUUUCCACUUUUUUGGUACUGUGUUACAAUCAGUCGUCUACUUUUGAUUUGUACUGUCUGUUGGAUUUAUUUGUACUUUCACUUUUGUUAUGGAGUUGCUUUAUCUUGGAUCUUUCUUAUGUGGGCAUCAAUCCUGGGCAUUUAUUUCACAGUUUCAAUCAGUUAUUGCAAAGUAUGAUCGGGGCACGUGCAUCAGUAUUUGCUUUGUCUUGGGUAAACAAAAUGCAGCAAAUGUCUAUUUUAGACUUUGAAGCUGAACUGUAACCAUUGUACAUGGAAAGUUUUGUCUGCAAUUUGUCUCUUGAGGUUUCUAAAGUAGAUCUGUCCGUCAGCUUUUGGUUUUCUUCUCUUUUGCUUCAAUACUUUGUAUUAAUCUGAGAAUCUGACACAAGAAGGGAAUAUACUGUAGUAUGUUUGGCGCCUUCGCUUAGCGCUUUCAAAAUUGAAGCAAUAUCUGACAAUCUUUUUUUUCUGAUCAUCCAAUGUGUGUAUUUUACUCUAUUUGGAGAUCUUUUUUUAAGCUCUCCUUUUGCAUCCAUGUAAAAUUGAAAUGUAAUUGGCAAGCAGAAUGUGCAUUGCUGUUCGAUAUCAGCGAUCCGUUGUAGAAGUGAUUAUAUUGCUGCUAGGAGCAAAAAAGAUUCAGUCUCAGCUGUGUCCUAACUGUGCACCUUGAUACAUAAAAUUUAAUUUAAGAAGUGUAAAUACUACUAGUGCUUCUCUUCUACGCUACAGUUUUGCCUUUUAUUGUAACACAGCUGUCUCAAAGCAAUGGAUUAUAUGCUGAAACCUCUAUGCUCUUACACAGGUACAUCAUAUACUGACUGUUCAGUUGGUAUUGGCCUCUUACUCACAUCAUGUAUUUAAAAUGAACCAUCGAAUGGCAUUUAGAUUGAAUCUGCCGAGUAAAUGAAGACUCACGUGGAUGUUGUUUCCUCAGGGAACUGUCUAUCUGUAAUCAAGAGAGGAAAAGAAGUAAAAUUUGAAACCCAAACUGAAUAAAAAUAUACUGUUGCUAAAACCAUUUAUUGCAGUCCAUCUGUAUGUCUACUGUUUCGGGACAGAUUAUUUGGUGUGUUUAUUUUUUUUUCAGCUCCCUCACCUCAGCAAGAGGCUUGUCUGGGCUAUGUUUUUUUUUUUCUUUUUUUAUUGGCAGAGAUGUACAUUUUUUUGAAAACUUUUGUACUUUAUAAUUUAUUUUUUAUUUAUUUUAAUUUCAUUUUCCCUGAGGAUUGUAUUUCAGAUUCAUCUUGAUUUCUUUCUUUUCAAUAAAUGUUCUCAAAGCAG